AUGUGCACUGGUAAGUACCAAGCCCCAGGUUCAUUUCUUUUUAUACUUAUACAACAUAUAUCGUGUGAUGUCGGGAAGCUCGUUUGGCAGGACGGACUCACUGGGAGCGCGUGGGGUGACUGGGCCAACUACACCGCCUCCCCGUUGCGAGCGGAGCCUGUCAGUGGAGCAGCUGCUGCGGCCGCCGCCGCCAAAGCAGCUGCAGCAGCAAAGGGAGCGACGGCCACAGGAUCAGCGGUCGCAGGUUCUGCUGGUGUGGGAUCCUUGAAAGAGAAAGGUGUUUCGGGCAAGGGAAGUCCUGAUUUCGACCCAUCCACCCAAAUUGGUGCCAUGGAUCCACUGGGGUUCUUUGACCCAGCGGGCUUCUGCAAGAAGGGUGAUGAGGCUGGCUUCCGCAACUUGCGGGCUGCCGAGAUCAAGCAUGGGCGUGCUGCGAUGAUGGCCGCUCUCGGGGCUGUGGUGCAACACUUCUUCUUCUUCUUCCCAGGCUUUGAGUCCGUGCCCAGUGGCUUGGCUGCAGCUGUCACCGCACCUGGGAGCUAUGGCUUCAUCGCUCUGUUCGCUUUGUCCGGCGCUCUGGAGCUGGGCCUUUGGACGGAGAGCGAUGACAAGGAGCCCGGAAACUUCGGUGACCCGGUGGGAUUCAACCAGUACACUCAGGAAAUGAGGGAGCGAGAGCUCAACAACGGCCGUUUUGCAAUGUUUGCAGCCCUUGGUAUCAUCUCCGCAGAGCUGUACACCGGCAAGGAUGCCAUUGAGCAGUUCGGGCUGUAGAUAGGUUUUAGACUAGCCCACCCAAAGUGACGUACGCCACUCAAGUUAUUUGAUCUUGGUAAA